AUGGCAACCCGAAGCCCACUUCCAAACAUUCGGCAGGCGCUGGAGUCAGCCGGCGCACACUACACAAACCUGAUCGAGUUUGGCAUCCUAAAGGUCUUUAUUGACUUCAAGGUCUUCGAUAACAUUCCAUCCGAGGGCGACAUCUCGCUAGCUGAGCUUGCCACGAAGACUGGCGGUGACGAGUCCUUGCUCCGACGCUUCGCCGACUACUUGAUUGCGUCUGACGUUCUUACCUCUCCCGGCCCAGAUCGCGUAGCCCAUACAGCCCGCUCUCUGUCCUACUGCUCGGCCGAGAUCGCUGCCGGCUUCAUCUCGCAUGUCUACCAUUUCUUCCUCCGGCCCAUGGCCGCCUGGGCGACCUACUUCGAACAGAAUGGCCUCUUUGAGCCGCGCGACGCCCACACGAUCCCCCUCGGCCUCGGCACCGGCCACUCGGGACUUGACUUAUAUGGGGUUCUGGAUGCGGAGCCGGAGCUAGCCAAGCUCUUCAACAGCGCGCAGGAGCGAUCCGCAGCCAUCUACUCGCUACAGGGCGUGUACGAUUUCAGCUGGGUGCAGGAGGUGCUAGCGCAGCCCGAUAACACGCGCCCCGCCAUCGUCGACAUCGGGGGCAGCCACGGGCUCGCGCUGGGCGAGAUUCUUGAGAAUAACAAGUUCGUUCCCGCGGCGCGGUGCGCCGUUUUUGACCUGCCCAAGACGAUUGAAGCCGCCAGGAGCAAGAUCGACCCCGGCAACAGCGGUCUUUCGGCGGUUCGGUUUGUCGGCGGAACCAUGCUCGAGCCGCUCCCCGUCGCGAUCAGAGGUGCGGUGGUCUAUCAGUUCCGCCGCGUGCUUAGCGACUUCGUUGACAACGAUAUCAUUGUGGCUCUCACGCAUGUCCGAGAGGCGUGUGCGGCUGACUCGCGCGUGCUGCUUAUCGAGGAGCUGGUGAAGCCGACCCGUGGCAAAUUUGCUAUUGCGCAGGACAUUUCGGUUAUGAAUUUUGGGGGCAAACGCCGGAGUGAGGCGAUGUGGCGUGAGCUCGCGGAGAGAGCGGGACUUCGGGUUAGUGGUGUGUUUGAGGACGCUAAGUCGGAGUUUGCUGUCCUUGAGUUGCUUGCAGUUUAG